UUUUUGCUAACAAACAGAUCGAAUAGAAAGCAAUUCGUGAAAACAGCUAAAGGCUAAAGCAAGCUUACUAGAGGAGGAAAAAAAUGCAGGGAGCUAAGGAGAAAGCAGCUAAUGCAGCAGCCUCAGCAAAAUCUGGCAUGGGGAAAACCAAGGCUACCAUUGAAGAAAAGGCAGAGAGAAUGACAACUAGGGACCCGUUGAAGAAGGAGAUGGCAACAGAGAAGAAAGAUGAGAGGAAAACUGCUGCUGAGCUGAGCAAGAGAGAAGCCAAUGAUCAAAAUGCAGCUGCAAGGGAUGGUGGAGCUCUGGGCUACACUACAACCGGGGCGCCAGAGUACUCAACGACUGCGUAUGAUCCAACAGAAGACGUGACUGGAGGUGGAGGGCCAGUGCGCUCCGGCCAUCCGACUUCGGCGGGAACUAUACAAGAUUCCAGUUUUCCUUGUUGAGCUAGCAACUCUUAAGAAGAAUAAAUGUAUUGGUUUAAUUAAUAGGAUGAGAAGCAGCUAUUUAUACUCUUUGGUUUAUGUGAAUUAAAGGGUUGUAUGAAUGACACUUAUUGUAUUUGGAUGUUUGGUGUUAGUUGAGUUUUUGUUUAA